AUAGAAGGCUGUGUGGUGUUGCUGUCAAACAGUGAAACAGAAGAACAACAAGCAGAAAAUUCCGUGGUUGUGUACAAAUUUGUGAUAUCAAUAACUUAUUUUUUCGGCUAAAAUUUCAUUACAGUCAGGUAUAAUUUUAUGUUGAUUCAAUCUGAUUCUCACCAAAAUUUGAAUGGAUAAGGAGAAGAAAAUCGACUUUAGUUGCAUUGAUGGUUUGGAACAGAAUCCUCCGGAAUCAUUCCUGAAAGUGAGCUUUAUCAUUCUGAAAUUAAUACACAAUGUCCUGUUAUUUCCUGGUGAUCAAAAGUUCAGAAAAAUCAGAUUGGAGAAUCCUACUAUAAAAAAAUAUGUUCUACCAGCAAUUGGAGCCAUGGAAUGUCUGUUUGAGAUGGGUUUCCAGGAGGGGGACGAUGGCUUAAUUCUUCCAGCGAAUGCUUCGCUUGAGCUCUUGAAAGCCUUCCAAACAGAAAUUCAGAAAAGGAGAAACAAGCCUCCGCAGCAAAAGACGAAACCCAAUGAAAAUUCGAGUAGGCAGCCACUUGUGAGAUCUCCGGCUAUCAGAAAUAGUAGCUCUUCGGCACAACCAAGCUCUUCGAGUAGUUCUAGUAGGAUAGAAUGCCAAGUAUUCCAGUCAAUCAACACUUACCUCGAUAUUAUCAAGCAAUAUGAGGAUGAAUCACUCAGGAACGAAGGCAGAAAUAUUGUUCCUCUUUCGAAGAUAAUGAGUGAUGUUGAAAGCAAAAUCAGAUCCGUUCAAUCAUCAGCAAUAAAAAGCUGCAACACAGACUUGAACGAAACUAGUUUGCAGCAGAUACUGUUUCUGGAGACGUUGAUGAUGUGGUUCAAAAACGAUUUCUUCAAAUGGAUGGAUAAUCCCAAGUGCACGCACUGUCAGUCGACUAGCACCGUGUUUUUAACACGUAGCAGAGAUCCAAACGACGUUGCUCAAUUUGGUGGAGCAAGUGUUGAGAUUUACCAGUGCCAGAUGUGUGCCAAUAGGGUCUACUUUCCUCGUUACAAUGAUGUUUCGAAACUGCUGCGUACAAGGACUGGCCGGUGUGGUGAAUGGGCCAUUUGCUUCACGUUCUUCUGUCGAGUUUUUGGAUAUGAUGCUCGACUUGUUUUGGAUUGGACAGACCAUUUGUGGACUGAGGUUUUUGUUAGUCCAGAGCAAAGAUGGAUACAUUUCGAUGCCUGUGAAGGAGCUCUUGAUUCGCCUCUGAUGUACGAGAUUGGUUGGAAGAAAUCAAUUUCGUACAUAAUAGCGUUCUCACGGGAUGAAGUUCAGGAUGUAACAUGGCGGUACACCACUAACUUUGCAUCUGCUCUGCAACGGAGGAAUUCUUGUUCAGAAGAAGAUCUAAUUAUGAGAAUCUCUUCUGUCAACGAUACUUUGAGAUCCUCUUUUUCUCAGCCACGAUUGAAAUAUUUGCGGAAUAGGCAUGUUAGAGAAUUGACCGAUUUCCUAAGUGCACCGCAACCUAAAGCAGGCGAGAAAUUUGGAGGAAGACUUUCUGGAUCUUUGGCUUGGAGAAUAUCAAGGGGCGAAAACUACACCCAUCAACCACACGUUUGGACUCCUACGGCUGAAGAGAUAGAAUCUAAAUUAAUGAUAAUAAGCUAUGAUUGUGUGAAAGACGAAUAUUCUCGAGCUUGUGGCGAAAAGCAGUUUAGUACAUGUAUAUCAGGUUGGAAAAGAGGUCUUCGUAGCUACGACGGUAUUUUCCGUAAAGAGGAAAUGGACUGGAAAAAAGUUUACCUUUGUAGAACAGAGGAAAGCAGUGUUGGUUCAUUGGUAUGGGAGUUCAACUUGGACUCUUGUGGCCUGGAAUUUGAGUCAGUGGAUAUCGCAUUUUCUGCUCAAACGUUCAGUGAAAAUGCGUCAAUCACAUUGGAUGCAUCCACCCCCGAUGAAGUGAUUCACUCCACUCCUGUUUCAAAUAUGUGGCAUCAAACACUUCCCGGAGUGAAUGGGAAAACUAGUCUGGUUGUGAAAGUCUUACUGAAAGGUGGUGAGGGAGAUCAUGCCUGGCAACAUGCACAAGUUUUCCGGCAAUCUAUGGACAGUUCUGAGAGCACACCUCCAUUUUGUGUCACCAUCAAAAUGAAACAGAAACAGUAAUUCUGUAUCCUCCACGGGGGUUUACUCACGAACAAUAUUCAUCCCGUCUAAAUAUUAACUAUCAACUGAUACGUUCUAUUGUGACAUCAUGAUUUCAGAAAAUAUAUAUUUUCCAAUAUGUUCCAUUCCAAAAAAUAUGAUGAAAACUGUCCUUAGCUAAUACAGAUGUUAAUAGCUACUUUGGUGCAGUUCCCAUCAGUGCAAUACGACAUCUGCAGCUUUUACAAAAAAUAUGUAGUGUUUAUACGUAGUGGCGGGGCUUGUAAGCACUGAGUUAGUUGCUUUCAUAGCGUCUGCAUUGCUAUAAGCGUGAAAAACGCAAGGCUCUCCACGCGCCUAGUGGAGCGGCGAAUGUAGCUUCAAGCUUGAGAGUGUAGUCGAGCGGCGAAUGUAGCUUCAAGCUUGAGAGUGUAGUCGAGCGGCGAAUGUAGCUUCAAGCUUGAGAGUGUAGUCGAGCGGCGAAUGUAGCUUCAAGCUUGAGAGUGUAGUCGAGCGGCGAAUGUAGCUUCAAGCUUGAGAGUGUAGUCGAGCGGCGAAUGUAGCUUCAAGCUUGAGAGUGUAGUCGAGCGGCGAAUGUAGCUUCAAGCUUGAGAGUGUAGUCGAGCGGCGAAUGUAGCUUCAAGCUUGAGAGUGUAGUCGAGCGGCGAAUGUAGCUUCAAGCUUGAGAGUGUAGUCGAGCGGCGAAUGUAACUUCAAGCUUGAGAGUGUAGUCGAGCGGCGAAUGUAGCUUCAAGCGUGAGAGUGUUGAAUGUAAUGCAUGUAUUUGAAUGGGUCAAAAUAUACCGCUCCACUAUGUGCGCCACCAUUUAAAUACAUGUAUUACAUUCAAUACUCUCAAGCGUUUGUCGCUUCACUAUGUUUUCAUCCAAAGUGAUAUGUGUCUCAUUUCUUAUUGUAUCAUAUGUUGCGUCGUAUCGCUCUAGUGGGAACCGAAUCUUAGUGCUUUUUAUUUUUCGAUAAAUUGUGAUAUGUAAAUCAACUAUUUUAAAAAGUGCGUUCAUUAAAGUUCAAUUCUAUAUA